AUGUCCAGGCCGGACGUCUCGUCCAAACGGCGGCUCCAGGCCGUGGAGGUGGCGCGGGGCCGGGCGGGCUACGGCUUCACGCUAACGGGUCAGAGCCCCUGUUUGCUGAGCUGCGUCCUGAAGGGAAGCCCCGCCCACUUUGUGGGGCUGCGCCCGGGCGACCACGUCCUCUCCGUCAACGACAUCAACGUGUCCAAGGCCUCGCACGAGGACGUGGUCAAGCUGAUCGGGCGCUGCUCCGGCGUGUUAAAGAUGGUGAUCGCCGAGGGCGACCGUUCCCGGCGCCCCUCCCAACGCUCAAACGCCACCGGGCGCCAUCAUCACCACCACCACCAUCACACCGCCGCCGCCAUGCCGUCCUACAUGGACUCCUGCUCCAGCGACGAGGAGCUGGACGGUUACUACGACAACGGCAGGAACAAUGGCGGCGGGGCGCGGGGGGGCUGGGCCAAACCCAAGAUGGACCCCAAGCAGCUGGGCAUCGACCGUGCGGAGAGGGUGGUGGCGGAGCUCCAGUCCGGCGGGAUCUUCAACAUGAUAUUCGAAAACUCCAGCCAAUCGUCAAGCAGCUCGGAUAAAGAGAGGCCGCCGGGGCCCAGACCCUCGUCUAAGCCCCGCCCCCCCUCCGAGCCCGACUUCCUCCCAGCCUACAGGAGCGCCUCCACCCGUUGCCACAGCAACCCCAACCUGCUCUCGGAGGAGGAGAUGGCCCAGGUGCUGCAGGACGACUCGGUCUUCCUGGAUACGGACUUCCGACACCUGCACCUUCUGCCCCAGGAGGAGCCGGAUUUGGACCCGGACGUGGACGUGGACGUGGGCCCGGGGGGGGCCGACUUCGGCCCGGAUCCCCACGGCGACGGGAUCCUCAACGUGGGCAUGGUGGUGGGAUACCUGGGCUCCAUCGAGCUGGCCUCCGCCGGGAACAGCCUGGAGAACGACAGCCUGCAGGCCAUCCGGGGAUCCAUGAGGAGGCUCAGGGCCGAGCAGAAGAUCCACUCGCUGGUCCUCAUGAAGGUCAUGCACGACAGCGUGCUGCUGUGCAGCGAGCGGGGCGCGGUCCUGGCCUCCUACCCCGCCGAGAAGCUGGCCUUCAGCGCCUGUUGCCCCGACGACCGGCGCUUCUUCGGCCUGGUCACCAUGCAGGCCACCGACGACCACGAGGAGUUCCACUUCUGGGGGGGGGCGGGACGACGAGGCCGGGCUCAGGACCUCCUGCCACGUCUUCAUCGUGGACCCGGAGCUGUGCACCUGGGCGUGGCCCGGCGGUUCGGGUUCCAGUGCACGCCGGACCCGGACACCGGCGGCUGCCUGCAGUUCCCCCCCAGCUCCACGCCGCUGCUGCAGUUCGUGUCGGUUUUGUACCGGGGGGGCGCCGGCGUGCGGGGGGGCGGGGGGGUCGGGGGGGCCCCCCCGGACCCGGACCAGGACCCGGACCAGGACCCGGACCCCCAUCAGAACCACAGCACCAGCAGCAACAGCGACAGUGGCAUCGGGAACUUCCUCCCCGAGGAGCGAAUCAACAACCGGGUUCUGCUGGUGGACCUGGGGGGCCACGCCCACAACCACACCCCAGGAUCGGGGCCCCGCCCCUGGGACAGCAGCCCGCCCUCGUCCCACACGGCCUGGAGCCCCACCUUCGGAGCCCCGCCCCCGACUCUGACUCCGCCCCCCCCUCCCCCUCCUCCUCCCCCAAUGCUGAGGAACGGCCAUUACUGGCACGACCCCCACCUGGCCGAAUUGCCACACCCCCUUCCCCUGCCCCUGCCCCUGGCCCCGCCCCAGACCAGACCCCCGAAACCGGAACUAAGAAACCAGACCUUAGAAACCAGACUCCUAAAACCGGACCUCCGGAACCAGACCCCCGAAACCAGACUCCUAAAACCGGAUCUCCGGAACCAGACCCCCGAAACCAGACUCCUAAAACCGGAUCUCCGAAACCAGACCCCCGAAACCAGACUCCUAAAACCGGACCUCCGAAACCAGACCCCCGAGACCAGACUCCUAAAACCGGACCUGAGAAACCAAACCCUCGAAACCAGACCUCCGGGCCCUUCCGGCAGGACCUCCCGAGGGUCCUACAAGCUGGGUGGAGCCUCAGGAGGCGGAGCCUCGGGGGGCGUGGCCACGGGGGGCGGGGACUGGAGGGGGGCGGGGCCUGAUUCCCAGCUCUGGCUGCCAGUCCACGUGCUGAGGGACUGGAGUCGGCAGCAGCCCGGCGCCCCCCCCCCCCCCCCCCCCCCCCCCCCCGGGGCCCCCCCCCCGGGCCCCCCCCCCCAGACCCUCCAGACCCAGAACCAGACCCAGAACCAGGUCCAGACCCACAGGAUGGCCCUGCACAAGGACGAGUGGGCCAGGAAGCUGUUCGGGACUGAGCGGGAGAAGAGGCCGGGGCCCCGCCGGAGCCAGAGGGAGAAGAAGCCCGGGGGGGGAAACAAGGAGGGGGAGAAGAAGGGCGGCCGUUUCCGGGGCCUGACGAUGGGAUUCCCUCCCCUGCCCCAGCGCUCCUCGGCCCGCCGCUCCUUUGGACGCUCCAAACGCCUCAGCAUGGCCCGCUCACUGGACGACCUGGAGGUACUCUCAAAAGAGAAAACUUAA